AUGUUUGUGGGAGAUGCCCUGAGUAAAUGUCUAGAUGCAAUCAUAGAAAGAGGAGAAGGGGCCCUUGACAGAGGUCUUGAGAUUCUUGAGACCUACGUAAUACCCAAAGGAAUUCUCAUGCCUUUGCAAAGCUCCGUUGAAGAAGGAGAUGGGGUUGAAGCCACUGGAGACAUCUGGUUGAAGCAAAAGAGUGCAGUGAAACAUUUCUUCAAGUUGGCAAAUAAGUAUGUUUCAUAUGCUUCAACGAUCUCAUGCAAGCUGGAGAAAAACAAGAUGAAGAAUAUCAAGGGAGUGAAGGCUAGAAAGAAGCACAUGCCCAUCAUGUUGCCCAUUCGUGAGAUUGUUGUGGAAGUGUAG